CUAUCGAUUAUUGGCGAAAAGUGUUAAAAAGUGCCGAAGUUUUGAAGCCAAUAAGACCAUUGAAAAUGGGGUUAGCCGUCUGCAUGAAAAACUCUUUCGAAAGUAUUGAAAGUACCGAUCACAAUCUCAGUUGGUAUUGGUUCUUGUAAAGCUUGAAUUAGAAAAUAUGUUAGUGAAAAGAAAAAUGUUUGAUUGAGUUUUCAUGAUAAACUGCAACUUGAUUGUUAUUGUGGAAAUGUUUUCAAGCUGGCGUCGAUAGUAAAUCAGCCGAUGGUAUCAAAAAGAAGUCCUCUUGAAAAUAUUCUCCGUAAAAACUGCAUUGAUCAGUAUGAGGACUAGCUCGAAGUUCGUACGGAAUUCUAGUUCGAGUAUUCUAUAGUACAUCAACCUGUUUUGUUUUAUUUUAUUUUUCACUCUCCGUAUUUAUUAACCUAAGCGAUAUAUGACUCGGUUUGCGGGCAAAAUUUUUCCUGCGAAUCAGAACACGUUUUCAUAAUAAAAAAGGUACAUCGUUUUCAAUUCGAUGAGACAGAUUUUCUCUUUUGCCUUUCUAGCAUUGGAAGGAAUUUUGAGAAUUAUGCUCUUUAUGUGUUGAAGCCAAGCACUCUAAAAACUCGUCUAUAUAUCUGUACACCAAAGCUUUCGUUUGCGUCUAAUUAUAGCUGGAGAAUUGCUUGUUGGACUUGGCGAUUCGUUUACAUCUGCUGGUGAUGCAGGUGGUCUAUCAAAAUCAUAUCCGAUUAUUGCUGGUGGUCUGCUAAAUUGGCAAGCACGCAAUUUCGCGAAAGGUGGAGCUAAAAUGAGUCAAAUACCUGCUCAGUUAGCUGCUGCUGCAUCUUCGUUAUCUAAUGCAACUCAUGUUGUAUUCACAAUUGGUGGCAAUGAUCUUGGAGUAGCUGACUCCCUUAUACAGAUUAUCCUGAAAAACAAUUUCACGGCUGUUAUUCAAAAAGCUACCAAUCUCAAACCUCGACUCGUCUCUACUUACAAACUCAUUCAAGCUGCCGUUCGUCCUCAAACCAAAAUCUAUGCUGUUCCCUACGUUGAUUUCAUAAGUGUUGGCAACAAAAUUCCGAACGAAGCCGAUUGUCAUCGAAUGAUGGAUGUAUUAACGAGCACUAUCCAAGAUGCUGCUGCAGAAGCUAAAAUUGGUUUUAUCGGUGCUGUCAAAUUGGCAUUUCUCGGUCAUGAAAUGUUUUCAGCUGAUCCAUAUGUCGAUAGCUUCUUAAGUCAGAAAAAUGCAGCCCACCCGAAUGCUAAAGGUUAUGCCAAAAUUGGACAAGUGUGUGAUGACGGCGAUUGUUCUCAAAAUAUUGGUUCAACCAUUUCUCAAUGUUCAUCAACACAACAAGCAUAUAAUUCUCGUCAUCAUCUGACUGGUACACGUUUUUCUGAUAGUCCAAUUGUAUCACCUUCGAUUAAACGAAAACACAAUGAAAUUUCUACGGGAGAGGCUCUAAUUCUUGAAAAGCUCGACUAUUUAACUGAACAGUUAACAGUGUUGACCGAAAGUAAUGGUGAAAAAACGAAAAAAAUAUUGAAAAAUCAACAUAAAACGGAAAAACUUGUUUAUAAACUUGCUCAAGGACAAAAACUGGCUGCUGUAACAACUUUUCCAUCACCUGAACAAUUUUCACCUGUUGAUUACAAGGGUCAAAAUUUGUUUGAAGAUUUUGAUAUGAAUUAUACACCAACAAUGUUUUUGUGUAAAUUGGUUCGUCGAUUGUACACAACUGAAGAAAUAGAGGAGAGAGUGGUGCACGAUGAUCGUAUGACAGCUAUUAAGAAAGCUGUUAGAAUAGCUUAUUAUCCAGAUGAACAAGUCAAAUUUAAUCUCUUUUGGGGAACAGAAGCUCAUCUUUCACUUCAAGGUCAACGUCGAGCUCAAAAAUCUCGUACUCGAAAACGAGAACGUGUAAAUGGUAAUCAUUUGGAUAAUCAUCCUAUUGAAAACAACAACAUUUAA